AUGGCGUGGAUCUCCAUCGAUGACUCGCGGUGGAUCGAAGUGGUUCAUGAGGACCAUGCAUACCAGUCCUCGGAACAAAAGUUUUACGGCCUUCAGCUGGGAGAUCAAUUGAGAGGCUGUUGGGCUCUACAGAGAGUACAACGCUUGGCCUCCGAGAGGGCAGUGGCCAUUUUCAGCAUAAGCUCAUGCUGCAUGUGCCAUGUCGCCAAGAGGCUACUGUUGGAGCUUGGUGUCAGUCCUACCGUCUAUGAGCUCGACCAAGAAAAUGGAGGCGAGGAGAUGCAUAAGGCUUUGCUUAGAGUCAUGGGUACUGCCCAAUCUGUCCCCGCUGUUUUCAUAGGCGGUAAGCUCGUGGGGGGCUUAGAACAACUAAUGACUUGUCACAUCGGCGGUUCUCUCGUGCCUCUCUUGAAAGAAGCUGGUGCAUUAUGGCUGUGA